AUGGCUCUCCGUCCGCGCGACAGCUCCGCGGCGCCCGCAGAGGGGCUGCUUCUGCCGCCUCCGCGGGCGCUUCUGCUGCAGGCAGGCGGCCACGCCGACGUCCCCCACGGAGACGACGCGUCGCCGCACACCGAGCCCGCGCGCUUCUGUCUCUCGCCGACUUGCGCGCGCGGGCGCCGAGAGAGCGCGCAGACGUCUUCGCCGUCGCUGCCGUCGCGGCGCCUCGAGAGCCUCGCGGGCGCCUGUGAGCGCGGCGCAGGCCUCCUCGCUCGUGCAGAGCGGCGCGUCGCGCGAGACGUCGACGUCUGCUUGACCGGCGCGGAGGAACAGGAGAGCCUGACGCCCUUCUCGUCGGCUCAGGUUCUGCUUGAGGCGUUUCUGGACCGCUACCUGGAGGACGAAGAGAAGGCGCGCAAAGCGCACGAAGAUGAGGAGAAGGGCGAUGCGACCCUCGCCUUCGGGAGCCUGCGAGACGCCGCGACGGCCUCCUCUUCUUCCUCUUCUUCCCCCUCCUCUGCCUUCGCCUUCUGCUGCCCGCCUCGCGCAUACUCGCGGCCUCGCGCGCUCUUCUUCAAACGGCCGCUUCUGCCGCUGCUCCCCUUCUCGCUGAGUGUACGUACGCUGCACCGGCGCCAGCUGCCGCCCGAGCUCGUCGCGUGUCUACACCGAGACGGCGGGGUCUUUGGCGCGGGCGACUCGGCGGCCUCCCCGCUGCUGCCUUUUUCGCCUCUCCCCUGCUACCAGCUGCUCGAGCCGCUGCAGGCGCUGUGCUGCUACCGCGGCAGCGAGGCCUUCCUCGUCUCGUGCUUGGUCUCGCAGUCCCCGUGUCUCCGCGUGGGCCCACUGCAGGGCGGCGACAUCCUGUCCGUGCACCUCUCGCCCGCGCCCGUCGGGCUCCUCUUCCCCUCUGUCUCUCACUUGCUCUUCUUCCUCACCCCCGCUGUCCUCCACGUCUUUGCGGUGGUCGGGGUCGCCCUGCCGUCGUUGCCUGCGGCGGCGGCCUCAGGCGCACCCUCCGAAGGAGCGCCUGCGCAGGCUGCGAGCGUCGCCAGCCUCCUCGUCUGCGGCGGAGAGGCUCGCGCCGCGGAGACUUUCCUCGCGGCCGAGACAGGCGCGCUGCCGCUCCUGCUGCCUGCGUACGCCGCCGCUACCCCCGCGCCCCCCUUCGCCUCCGCGCCGUUGUCUCCGAGCGUUCGGCUGACCCGCGGGGCCUUCCGACUCGUGAGGCUCCAGAACCUCUCGUUGGCGCUUCCCGACGAGCUGCGCGUCCGCUUUGCGGCCUUCGCGGCGGCCCUGGGGCGCCGCGCUGCCCUCGCCGCAGCCUCUGGCGGCGCGCAGAACCGCUCGCGGACGCCGGUCGCCUUCUUCGCCUCGACUCUGGAUGGAGCGGUUUUUCUCUCUGCGCCCGAGGGGGAGAGCGAGGCGCGCGACGGCGCGCUUCACAGCUGCGACGAGAGACGCCGCGAGCGCACAAGCCGACAAGGCGACGUGUAUCAGCUAGUUCUGCGCGCCGGCGCUCCGUCGCUGCUGCACUCCCCGGCCUCCCUGAAGUGCCUGUCGCUGUCUGCGGCACCCGCGGCGCCGCGAGGCCUCGAUCAGUGUCUUCUCUGCCGAAAGAGAUGCCAGCCACCGGAGGCGGGGCGCCGCGACCGCGCCGCGCUCACCGGGCCGCCGCCCCACACGCGCGGAGACGCGGGCGUGAAACUCCUCAGGAGCUUUCCCGCGGGUCUCCUCGCCGUCGUCGACGACCGCGACGGGCUCUACGUUUACCGCCUCGUCUCCCGCGAGACACGGAGGGGCUUCGGAGCCCUCGCCGCCGCGGCGCGCCCGCAGCGGGCAGUCGGCCCCGGGGGCCACGAAGCGACCCUCGCUUCAGAACGCGGAGCGUGGAGCUCCCUCUUCAGCUCUGCCGCCACCACGUUCGCCGGCGCAGAGAAGAGCGAGGAGGGAAUGCAAGGAGACGCGAGCGGCAGCGAGGAAGAAGCAGAGAGGCACCGGCAGGGAUGGGCUGUGGCGAGCGUUCUCGGCGCAGUCUCCCAAAAAAUCAGAAAACUGUUGUCUCGCCCUUCUGCUGACGCGUCUGAGUCCCUUUUGUCUGCGGUGCCCAGUCUGUGGGCGACGCCCGCGGUCCUGCCGGCGAGUCGUUUGUCGGCUGCUUUAGCGGAGCGUCUAGCGUACCCCGAGGGUUUCUCUUCAUCGCUCGGCGCCAAUGGAGAGAGCGAACGCGAGGCUUCGCUUGGAGCCGGUCUGGCGUCGUCGCCCUCUGCGUCGCCGUGUCCCUUCUUCUCGCUCUCGCGCGAGGCCUACGAAGAGGCUGCGGCGGCGGCACCACAGGCCUCGCUGGAGCCGUGGAUCCCCAUGCGCACCCGUGGCGAGGUCGGCGCGUACCGCGACCGCGUCGCCUCGGCAGUCCCCCUGAAGGGCCUUGAGUGCGUCGCUUACCUGCCGGCGCGUGCCUGGCGCCGGCAGCUGCUGUGCGCGCCUCGCGCUGAGGCACCAGAGAGGCCGCGCGAGGGAGAGGGACGAGGCCUUCCUGGAAGCGAAGAAGAAGACGCGGGAAGGACGGUUUUCUUCUCUUUCUUUUCGAAAGAAAAGCUCGCGAAGGGCGGCGUCGCACGUGGAGGCCGCCGGUGUGCGGAGGGAGACGACUCUGUGUCGCAGCGAGCGUGCGAGGACGCCCUUCUCUCCAUCGUGGAUGUGGUUCCUUCUUUCACUGCGGGCCCCCAUCCCACAGUGACGGUGGUCACUGCUCGCGGCGAUCGCGUGAUCCUUCGUCUGCUUCCGUCGUCGGCCUCCUGUCAGGCGUGUCGCUGCCCAGCAGCCGGCGAGCAUGUCGACGCGCCUGAGGCAGGGCUGCCGCUGUGCUUGCUGAGCUCGUCUGUGUUGCCUUCACCUUUCUUCCCGGUCGUCGCUUGCCCGUCGAAAGCGCCUUCCGCAUCGCGCUUUGCCUCCCCGCUUCCCCGCUCGCUGGAGGUCUCCUCGGCCGCGACGGGCGCGUGUUCCUACUACGGCAACGGUCUCAGCUUGUUCGCGGCGUCGCCCUCUUUGGUUCGUUUGGCGUCCGCCGAGGGGCCAAACGCCGCGGGAGCCGCCUCGGAUGCCUCCGCAGCCUUUGUCUCGCUCCGCAUCUCGCUUCCAGCUUCGUCGUCGUCGUGCUCGCCCUUCUUCCUAUCCUCCUCGCUGCCGGUGCAGCUGCCUUCAGCGCCCCUCGCUGCAGGCGAAGUGCCCCUUUUUUUCGCCUCAACUGGCUCCUCGCCUUCGUUUUCGCUCCCCGCCACCGACGGCCUCGCGCCGUCGCUCGACUUGUCUCUCUUCGCCUCGCUCGGCCUCGCGCCAACCGCGGCGCCGCUGGACGAAGCUGCGCUGGUGCGCCGGCACCUGCUCAUCGCCUGCGAGACGGAAGUCCUCCUCGUCUCGGUUGAGCGAACGCGCGCCUACCUCGCCUCGCCUGGCGACCUCGCCGCGCUGCCCGUCGCAGAGGCCUACUCCGCCUUCUCGCAACCCCCCACGGGCCCGCGCGCCCUCGCCGCCAGGGACGCCAGCUGGGCUCUGGAGACCUGCACGGCCGCGCGCGCGGCCGCCGCCGCCUCGCUUCGCGCCCGCGCCCACGGCGCCGCAACCGCGGUCGUCGCCGGUGCCUUGUCGGGGCCCGGUGUCCCGGCGCCCGCGUCAGGUGUCGGGCCUCUCGGGACCGAGAGGCUGGCAGUGGAGAGGAGGCUGCAGCCGCAGCUGGCGAACGCGUCGUUUCGCGACGCCGUCUUUCCGCCGGAGAUGGCGCUUCCCGUGUGGACGCCGUCGCUGUGGGCGUGUCUCUUCCAGGCGGUCAGCGAGGGUGACGCGGUCGCCAGAGAGAAUGGCGGCGUGGGCGCGGGUCGCGACCUUUUCUUCACGCCCCCCGGCUGCGCCGCAGAGGGCGCUUCACAGCAAAUCUGUUUUGUGCGGCGACUGCAUCUGGCGCUCGCGGCGCGAGCGGACGACAGGUCAGACAGGGGCGCGCCGGCGCAGAGUGCGCGCUCAGAAGGCCGCGGGGGUGGCGAGCAGCGGCCCGGCGCCCGGCGCGGAGGGCGGAGCGAAGAAGAAGAGAACCUCGGCUGGUGGGCGGAGGAGGAGGGGAGGGAGGCGGAGGGCUUCAGCAACCAAGCGCUCGCUCUCGGUUGGGACCACGAGCCCGAAGUCGAGGAAGUCGCGCCGUGGAUUGACGGCCUCGCCGCGCGCGCCGCCCUCCUGCUGCGCGUCGUCGCCGACUGGCCAGUCUGCGUGGUGAACGCCUCGCUGUUGGAUCCCUACGUUUCGGGGUCGCUUCUUCCGCUGGCGGCGCCGUCGCCUCUGGCCCCGUCGUCUCCCUCGUUCUCGAGUCUGCCUCCGCGUCUCUUCCCGCUCUGCGUCCGCUGGAAUGCAGCUUACUUGGCUGCGUUGUACGAUCACUUGAACGCGUUCCUCCACUUUCUCUAUCUGCAGUGCCUGCCCACCUCGAGUCUCGCGUUCCUGGCUGCGCUGCUUGCUGCGCCACUCUCGCCUGCGGCUCUGCUGCGGGAGGCGCCCGGGCCUCACAGAGAUGCCGCGGCGCGGGCGCGGGCCGCGGUCGCGGCGCUGCUGGAGCCGCGUGGAGGCGAGAAGCGCGCAGGGGGAGAAGAUGCGUGCGGCGCGGUCGACGCGGAGAUGCGGGGGGAGGACGCGAACGCGCGUCGGGGCGGCGUGAAGGGCAGCGAGGCGAAACAGGAGGGGGAAGCCAAGUACCGCGAGCAGCAGCUGCUUCUCUUGGGGUUGACGCUGAGUCUCCUCAGGGCUCGAGAGAUCCUGUACCUGUUCCUGCUCCUUCAGGAGCUCUCGCCGGCUCGGCAGCAGCACGUCUGGUUCCUUCUGCUCUCCUCGUCUGCGGGCGACGAGGCAGCUGAGACGCGUGAGAAGGCGCCGCUGGCGCAGGCCAUUUGCGCGCAAGCGAGCUCGCAGGAGGCGGAGGCGUCUUCUCGCGUCGCGCGGCUACUCCUGAGCACGCCUUUCCGCGCGCUGCUUUUCUAUGAGAAGGCGGGGAGUCACGAGGGCGAAGAUGGAGAGGAAGACGCCGGCGAAGAGCUGUGCGUCAGACUGAUGCAUGCGCUCCUCCUCCUCGACCCGAGCCCGCAGCGGCCAGGCAGCAUCACGCGCCGCCUCUUCGCCGCGCUUCCAUGGCUCGCGGCGAAGUGCAGCGUGUCGCGCCUGCUGCCGCGAUGGUGGAGUGCAGAGACGGAGGCGAGCGCGAGCCUCGCCUCGCUCGCCUCAUGCCGGCGCCUGUCUCGCUUCGUCAGCGACUUGUUUGCCGGCUUUCCAGGGUUCAGCCAGGAAGCCUUUUUUGCGACGGCGAUGGAGCACUUUGUCGUCUCGAUGUGCCCGCCGCGCCCGCACGUCGCGCUCCACUUUGCGCUGCGCCUCCUGGUUCUGCGCGCUCCGUCCUCGACGUCUUCUCUGCCGGCGAACCCCGAGGCGGUUGUGAACGCUUUCGGUGAGGCCGUGGCGCGUGGGGCCGCGCGGGAGGCCGAACGAGUCUGCGCCCGCGAAGGAAAAACCGACGAGGCGACUUCCCGCCGCUGUCUCGCUGAGGCCUGGGCGCGCUUCCUCGCGGCAGUCUUCAGGUACGAGCUGCAGCCCGACGCGUUCUUCGAGGGCGACGGAGGCGAAGCGGUGGGCAGUGGAAGCGCGCAGGAAAGGGGAUGCGAAGCGGGAACGGGACGGGAGAGGGAGGAAGUGCGGAGGGUGGCCCUGCAGCGGCUGCAGUGGGCGGCUCUCGACCAACUGUUCGGUGUCUAUACACUGCAGCUCCCGCCGCUUCCUGGCGAGGCGAGCGCGCAGGGGGACAGAAGCCGCCGCCUCUGCGAAGCGCGUGCUUUUGGGGUCUUUGGACCUUUCCAGCCUCCAGGAAACGGCUUUGUCAUCUCUGCGUUGGAGGACCUCAUCCAGGCGAGUCUGGACUGCGGUGUAUGUACACCUGAGGCCCCGGCCGACAAGACGCAUGCAGCAUCUCCUUUCUUCGGAGCGGCGCCCGUCUCAUCCGCGGUGUCUUUUCCCCCCGGUGCGCAAUCGCCUUCUCAACUUGCUCUCUCCUCCGAAGAUAUCUGCUCGCCAGCUUUUGCAAGCGCUGCGGGAGCCGCAGGCGGAAGCGACGCGGACGGCUGGACUGAUAAGGGUGCGCCGCUGCGGGCGACGGCGCUGUCACCAGAGGCCCUCCGGUCGAUCCAGGUGUAUCUGCACCACCGUUUUUUUCAGGAAGGAAAGGCCGCCCAGGGCGACGUGUUGCUUCGCGAGUACAGACACCAUGGCGCCCGCGUGGAGUCUGCAGCGGUCCUGUGUGCACUUGCUACGCGCGGAGGGCGGCCGCCUCGAGUCCAGGACGCUUCGAACUUGCCUCUCGAGGAGGGCGCCGGCGCCGAAGAAGACGCAGACAUGUUGGGGGAGAAGAGCGAGGCAGCCGCGGACGCCCCGGGCACCCUCCUCCUGCCCCUCACCGUCAGGGCCGAGGCCCUGCGGUGGGCGGAGGCGACGCUGAACGAGGUGCUCGCCGAGCUUCAGAAGGAGGCUGAAGAGGGGGGGGAGACGCAGAGUGCAGACGCGCAGACGCGAGACGACGCGGCGUCUCUCGACUCGCUGCUGCGGCUCUUUGGGCAGUUCUUUCAGACAGCGGAAGAAAUCGCCCUUCUGGCGAGGGCUGGGCAGGGAGAGGCGGAGAAGGAACUCGAAGACGCGAGCGAAAAAGAGCGAGUCCACGAGGAGGGAGAGCGAGGCGUCGGGGCGACGAGUCAAGGCACAAAGCGAACGAUUGCGCGGCUAACUGUCGUCAAAGGCGCCGUUCGCGCGAUGAGAGAGGUGUGGCUCUCGGCCAGGGUCACUGAAAACGUGCAGCUGCCGCUUUGGCGCCACCUGAAAGAUCGGCUGGAGCGGCAGCACACGCGGGCCCUGCGCGGCCCGGCGCCGGCUCCGGCCUCUUUCUGUCUCUCGCCCGAGGCUGGGAGAGUGUCUCUCGCGUCGCCCUGCCAGGACGACAACUUCCCUGCGUUCCUGGUCCCCGCCGUCUCGCUCUCCGGUGUAUGCACACUCGGGCAGCAGCUCGAGACAGUGCCGAAGCUGUUCCAAGAGGCCCAGCUGUCGCUCUGCGUGCCGCUCGCUCUCCGCGCGGUCGUCGUGGACUUCCGGCGACUCGCCUCCCGAUCGCUUCUCGCCCUUCUUCCGCCUCCUGUCGCCGCCGCCGCGGGCCCCGAGGCCGCCUUAGCGCAGGCCGGGGGCGGGGAGGCGGGGGAGGAGGCGGCGGCGUGGAGCGACGAGGUUGAAGAUCGCCUACUGAACUCGCCUCAAGUCCUCGGCAUUCAGAGCGCAGCGGACGCCGUGCGGGAGACCGCAGAGACGCUCCUCUGUGCAUUUGCUGCGCGCCUCGCCCUCGCGCCCGCCUGCUUCCGCCCGUUGACCGCCACUUUGGAUCUUCCGCGACCUGCUUCGCCUCCGCCGCUGGCUGAGGCGGCCUCCCCCCUCAUCGAGAACGUCCUCGCCGUCUGUAUGUACAGCUGGUCUCCUCAGUCCCUCUCUGUUUGCGCGUCCGUCGCGCGCCUGCCGCCCUUCUCCGUUGGGCAGUCGGGCAGCGUAGAGCUGCUGGCUUCCCUCGAGACGCUCCACGCCUUUUCGCGGCGCUUGUCUGCGGGGGCGCGCAGCAGCGGCCUUGGCGACCACCCUGCCCCCCCUCCAGUGAAACCGACCGCGGCGCGCCUUCUCGUCGCGCAGACGUGGCUGGGCCUGGGCGACGCCUCCAGUACCGCCUACGUCGAGGCCUUCCGCGCCUACGCCGAGCUGCUGCAGGCCCGCGACAGACUCCUUGACGCGUGUGAGCGUCUGUCGCAGCUCCUGGCGGAGGUGCGAGCGCAGGCUGAGCAACUAACGGGGGGGCGAGUGGCGGCGCACCAGGCGCUUGUCUUCGCCUUUGAGGACGUCGAGGAACACGUGGUUGCGGUGAUUUUGGCACUCGUCGCACGCUGGCUCGAGCACGCGCUUCGGGCGAAGACGCAGGCGGGCGGGCGCGCUUUGAGCCCCGACGCGGAAGGGGACGCGAGCGAGCUGCGCCGAGGCGUCCUGCCUUUCCUGCACUCUGUGCUGAGGCAGAGUGAAGCCGCCGCUGAGGAAGAUGCAGGAGAAAGCGCGGCGCGAGACGCGCACGCGGGCGGAGCCAGAAUCACCGCGGAGGCCGCCCAGGCCGCGCGCGAGGCGCUCGCGAAGCUCGAGAGCUUCCUCGGAGUCGAGGAGCUGUAG